AUGCCGGCACCUAGAAUGAUAGCCCCAGCGCCGAUAGACAGAGAGCUAGCAAAACUUACCGUUACUUCACUGUCCCCAGAGAUCGAGAGCAUACCACUCCCUGCCGGAUUCCACCAACUUAAGUUCACGCUGUACGACGGCAAGACGGAUCCAUACAUGCACGUGAGUCAUUACCGGCAAGUAAUAGCUGGCCACCGGCGUAAUGACGCCUUGAUGUGUCUCAUAUUCCCAGCAAGUUUGGGAGAACUGGGCCUGAAGCGGUUCGAAAAGCUUCCGGAAGGGAGCAUCGAAGGGUGGCAGCAAUUAGCAGAGCCCUGUGUCACCAGGUUCAAGACCAAUACUCGAACACCGAAGGAGGUCGAUCACUUUCUGAGCAUUAAGAUGGAGUCCGGAGGUUCUUUGAAGGCAUACAAUGCCAAGUAUUGGGAAACCUACAGUGAGAUCCUUGAUUGUCCCACCAAUCUGGCGAUCGCCCAAUACAAGCGAGGUCUUCUUAUCACGACCCCAAACCGCCCCUAG